ACUGAGCCACCCAGGCACCCCUAAUUUUCUUGGUCUUGCCUUUGUAGCAAAAGUUCUUAAUGAAGUUCAGCUUACCCAUAUUGAGUUGGUUUUAUCUGUGGUAAGGGUCACAGUUUUGCUUUGUUUUUGCGUACUGAUAGGCAGUUCUCUUGGGUCUCAUUUGUUGAAAGGGGCAGGUACCUUUGAGCAGAGCGGGUUGUGCAAGCCCAGGGCCGUUCCGCCAGCAGUCGGCCUGCAUAGGGUUGAGCAGAAUGCGGUAGCGUGCUGGUGCUCCAUGGUGAGCAAAGGAAGGAUGGGCGGAUUACCAAGGGCCUUGGUCCGGCCUCAGUUCGUUUUUGGGGAUACUUUGUACCUCGGUUGGGUUUUUUGUGGCGACUCCGGGCGGUACUACGAUUCCCAGCAUGCACUGCGCGGGCCUGCCCUCUGCGGGGGCAAAGCUAGACAGACCUGGAAGUGUGGCUGCGAGGGAAGGGAUGGGACACGGUUUCUAGUACCAAGAUCGAUUUCUCAGGGUUUUGGCCUGUGCGAAGGACUAGCAAGCCGAACCCUGAGAAGUACCACUUCCGCCCUCUGGUCCGCCGUAGCCUCUCUCACGGAUCGCUACCCGACUCGUUUCUUCCUCGAGUUUCCCGCGGGCACUAACCCUUGAAGAGGACCAACCGUAGCCGAGAGUUUUGCCGGCCGGGCCAACCAGAGGCGAGAUUGAAGAGGCGGGGUGGGAGCCGCCACAGUGUCCAGGAGAGAGUCCAUUUCUCCUGUAAAGGGCGAGUCGCUCCUGCUGGGGCCCGGAGGGGAGCAAAGGAGCUGCAGGGGGUUUUGGAAGCGGAAGGACCCCUCCCCGAUCCGGUGGGGACCGCGGCGGGGCCGGGCUUACCUUUCAGGGUUCCCCUCCAGGUGUCCAACCCCAGCCUCGGCCACCAUGUCGCACCAGACCCCUCUGGGCACCUCAGUGCCACACACCAGCUGCUUAGACCUGUGGAGGGAAAAGAAUGACCAACUAGUUCGACAGGCCAAGGUGGCUCAGGACUCGGGUUUGUCUCUGAGGCGACAGCAGUUGGCUCAAGAUGCACUGGAAGGGUUCAGGGGACUCCUCCAUAGUCUGCGCGGGCUUCCUGCAGCCGUUCCUGUUCUCCCCUUGGAACUGACUGUUACCUGCAAUUUCAUUACCCUGAAGGCGAGCCUGGCCCAGGGUUUCACUGAGGACCAGGCACAGGAUAUCCAACAGGGCCUGGAGAGAGUGCUGGAGACCCAGAAGAAGUUGGGGCCCAGACUGGAAUGUGGGCUCAGGGGGCUGUGGGACUCCGUUCUCCAUUAUUCCACCCUUCUCCUGGAGGUGCUCCCUGCCCUUCACCACCUGGCUGGCCUGCAGGCUGCCAUCUGGCUAAGCACUGACUGUUUGGGGGACUUGACCUUCUUGCUGCAGACCUUGAAUGGCAACCAGAGUGAGGCCUCUGAGAAUCUUCUGCUGCUUCUGAAAACUUGGAGUCCUCCAGCUGAGGAGUCAGAUGUUCCACUGACCCUGCAGGAUGCCCGGGGCUUAAGGGAUAUCCUUCUUACAGCUUCUGCCUAUCGCCAAGGCCUUCAGGAGCUGAUCACAGGAAGCCUGCCCAGGGCACUGAGUAGCCUACAAGAAGCAGCCUCAGGUCUAUGCUCACGGCCUGUGUUGGUCCAGGUGUACACGGCUCUGGGGACCUGUCUCCGUAAAAUGGGCAAUCCACAAAGAGCUCUGCUGUACUUGGCUGCAGCCCUGAAAGGGGGAUCAACAUGUGGUCCCCCACUUCUGGAGGCCUCUAGGCUGUAUCGGCAACUGGGGAACACAGCAGCAGAGCUGGAGAGUCUGGAGCUGUUGGUUGAGGCCUUGAAUGUCACUCACAGUUUUGAAGCCCCUCAGCUUCUCAUUGAAGUAGAGUUACUACUCCCCAGACCUCACCCAGCCUCACCCCUUCAUUGUGGCACACAGAGCCAGGCCAAGUACUUGCUAGCAAGCCGAUGUUUACAGGUGGGAAGGGCAGAGGAUGCUGCAGAGCAUUACUUGGACCUACUGGCUCUGGUGCUGGAUGGCUCAGAAUCAAAGUUCUUCCCCCCGCCUUCCCCUCCAGGGCCUUGUAUGCCUGAGGUGUUCUUAGAGGCAGCUGCAGCACUGAUCCAGGCUGGCCGAGCCCAGGAUGCCUUGACUGUAUGUGAGGAGCUACUCAGCCGCACUUCAUCUCUGCUUCCCAAGAUGCCCCAACUGAGGGAAGAUGCCAGAAAAGGAACCAAAGAGUCACCACACUGCCCAUCCUGGGUCUCUGCAACCUACCUGCUUCAGGGUCAAGCCUGGGUGCAGCUGGGGGCCCCAAAAGAGGCAAUUAGUGAAUUUAGCCGGUGCCUUGAGCUGCUUUUCCGGACCACACCUAAGGAUGAAGAACAAGGGCCUGCUUCCAAUGGUGAGAAGGAGUGUAUAUCAGAUGUGGCACUACAACAGCUUCGGGCAGCUGCCCUGAUUAGUCGUGGACUUCAGUGGGUGACCAUUGGCCAAGAUACCAAAGCCCUACAGGACUUCCUUCUCAGUGUGCAAAUGUGCCCAGGUUAUCAAGAUGCUUCCUUUCACCUGCUUCAGACUCUGAGGAGGAUGGAUCGGAGGCAUGAGGCCACUGCUCUCUGGUGGAGGCUAAAGGCCCAAACAGAGUUGCCACAGGAGAAUGCUGCAUGGUCUCUCCCCCUGUACCUAGAAACAUAUCUGGACUGGAUUCAUUCCCCUGACCGUGAAACCCUUCUUGAGGAGUUUCAGACAUCUCUGCCGGAGCCUCCUGAUCUGUAGCUGCCACAUUUUAAAGAGCCUGAGCUGGGGCUCCAGUGGCCCAUUUUUCCGUGGGGAGGGCUUUCUGCUUUACCAUUCUUGAGGAGUGUGGGUGAAAUGGAUCAUUCCAGUAUAAGUCUGGCAUUGGUGAAGUUGGUAGGAGUCCUGCAAAAUUUGGCCUAGUUACUGCCAUUCUGGUUCCUUUGCCACCAAAAAGGCAUUAACUUUGCUAUGACUGACAUCUUUUUUCCUGUAUUCCUGUUAAUUGUGUUGAGUAAAAUGCAUAUUUAUCUCUUA